UGGCACAGGGCCCUGGGUGUAUGUAUAAAUAAACAAAUCCCAAACAAUAGUUAUUGAAAAAUAUCUUUUUAACAAUCGAAAUAAUGUAUUUGUAAUUACCUUUGCUUCAACAAAAAAUAAACUAAAAGUAGAUGUAACAAUUUGCGCAUUUUGGUUGGUCACACUAAUUUUUAUAAUUUCAUAAAAUACAAAUCUAAAUUCGUUUAUUGUUAAUAACAAUUUAGUUCUUCACAAGCAACACAAAAAGAAAAUAUUUUGUUAAAUACAAAAUUAAGUGGGAAUAAAUAGCUUAUUGUCACCCAUAAAAUUGGAACUAUGGCGGUACCAGUCAAACGCAAACGUGGACGACCACGUCUGGAUGAGCCCAGAGAAAUUAAAGAUUUUGACAACAACCUCAUAUUAGAAUUUAAGAAGUGUCCUGCUUUUUAUGACAGGCAACAUCCCCAACAUCGCAAUCGAGAAUACACGGACCGCGUUUGGCAUCGUAUUGCCCAACAACUGAAUGUAUCUACAAAUCUAGUGAAGACUCGAAUGCUGCAGCUUCGAAAUCGCUUUAACCUGGAAAAACGUCGCGUGGAAGCUAUGAAGGAGCAGCAACCUCAAAAUUCGGUAACCUCACAAUGGUCUCUUUAUGAUAGAUUAUCUUUUCUCAGUGAUUAUGUAAAAACUCGUCGUCCAUAUUCUUUGCCAAUAAACAUUAAUACAAAAGCCAAUUCUACGGCUUCAUCUAGUGAUGCUGACGAAGAAGAUGACAUUGAGGAGGAUGAAGGAGCUAAAACACAGGAGAGCGCUAUAAAUUCUAAUCAGAUAUUAACAAAUGGUAAUAUUUUCCCCAAUGAUAAACAAAAUGCUGACCAGUAUUCUACUAAUCAAAAUCAUUUGGCUACUGGAAGAGCAACACCACAACUAGUUCAGCGCAGCGUUCUUCAUCCGAUGGAGGCAAACAAUGGUGUAGGAAACAAGUAUAAAGCAUUUGGACAGUUUCUGGCUUCAUCGCUUAUAGAGAUGAGUGAAAUUCAGGCGUUAGGUUUGGUUGAAAAAUUUACCAUGGAACUUGUGAAAUACCUGAAGGCGGAGGGGAAAAAAAAUUUAACUAAUACAUCUGAAAGAAAUACUGGAGUCGAUGAUGAAAACAGUUUAACGAUUUAUUAAUAUACAUGGUUGAAAUAAAAAAGUUUAAAGUAAUGAUACUA